AUGUCUGAUGCCAGUGACAGCCAGAACAAGUCAGAGGAAGAGGUUAAUCUUAGUGAGGGCACAAGCCCAAGUGGGAGAUAUGAUGAGGGUAGCAGAAGCACUUCUAGCAAUCUGCCCAAAGCUGCCACAAGACAAAGAAAGAAGAGAACCUCAGAAAGUGAGGAUGAGGAAUUUGUUGUUGAAGAAGAAGUGACUUCAAAGAAGAAAGUGCUCAAGAAAGAGUAUAACACUGCUUCUGCCAUUAAGACAUGUCUCCAUAAGAAGGCUCCCGCAAAGAGAGUUCCUAUGUCAAAGGCCAGAAGAUCAACAGUUCCACAAGAGCCUAUGGAAUUUACUCUUGAGCCAAGAGAAGAACAAGAACCUGCUGAUGGAAAGAAAAAGAGGAAAGAGAGAGUGAAGAAGACCAUUGCCAGAGUGAUUAGCAAACCAUCCAUGAUGGUGGAUGAUGAAGAUGAUGAUGAGGAGGAACCAGCUGCACCCCCUGCCAAGUCUCAAAAGCUAAUGGCUAAUGCCAUGAAAUCUGCAGGUGCACCCUCCAAAUCCAAGCCCAAGCCUGCACCUAAGGUUGUUGCUCCCAAGAGAUCCACAAGAAACAUCCCUGCUGCUGAAAAGAACAAGGCCCCGAUGCUAGAGGUUCGGGAGGGUGAAGAGCCACAAGUGCUCAGGAAAUUGAAGCCAAAGAUUCCAGACCAUGAUGAUGGACAUCCAGUGGCUGAAAACAUGAAGCCCAGGAAGGAUAGUGGACUGAGAGAAUGGAGGAAAGUUUAUCCAUAUUCUGCGAGGAGAAUAUCAUGUGACUAUCGAUUCAAUACCAGAGAACAACAGGAUUUCUAUGAGACAGUGCUGCUUGACAAGAAGCCCAUCAUAAGCAACAUGAAGUGGGUGGAUUGGAAGUACAUAGAUGCAAUGAAGACUACUUCCCCCAUGUCCAUGAGAGUUUCAGGCUGA